GAGGUGCUAUCUUGUAUUGCAGAGCUAAGGAAGAACAGUCUUGCUGUUGGUAGAGUGUGUUAAUUGAAAGCAUGUUGGCUACCAAGCUGUCCCGGCCUCUCCUCAACUUCCCUGUGAAGGCCCUGAAUUUCAAGGACACACGGAAUCGCUUCAGGCCUGUGCAAAGAUUUUGCUUCCCUCUCUUGUCCCCGUGUGGCAGCCGCUCUUAUGCAAGUGACGUUGAUCAGAUUGGCAGCAGAGCUGUGCUUAUAACAGGUUGUGACUCAGGAUUUGGAUUUGCCUUGGCCAAACACCUGCAUGCCAAAGGCUUCAUUAUUUAUGCUGGCUGCCUGCAAAAGGACAAGGGAGAGGGUGGCUCCAAGGAUCUGGACAACAUGAAGAGUGAUCGAAUGAGAACAGUCCAGCUCAAUGUCUGUGACAGCAAAGAAGUGGACCGAGCCGUGGAGCACGUCAGCAGCAGCCUGGAGGACCCAGAGAAAGGGCUCUGGGGCCUGGUUAACAAUGCUGGGAUCUCCACAUUCGGGGAAGUCGAGUUCACCAGCAUGGACACCUACAUGGAGGUAGCUGAAGUGAACCUGUGGGGGACUGUGCGGACCACCAAAGCUUUCCUCCCACUCAUCCGGAGGUCAAAGGGUCGUGUGGUGAACAUCAGCAGCAUGAUGGGUCGGAUGGGCAGUCCCGCCCGGUCGCCGUACUGUAUCACCAAGUUUGGCGUGGAAGCCUUCUCCGACUGCCUGCGGUACGAAAUGCAGCCCCAGGGGGUGAUGGUCAGCAUCGUGGAGCCUGGCAACUUCAUAGCUGCCACCAACCUGUACAGCCCCGAGCGAAUCAAAGCCAUAGCCGACAAAAUGUGGGACGAGCUCCCGGAGAUCGUGCGCAAAGACUAUGGCAGGAAGUACUUCGAUGAGCAGGUCAGCAAGAUGGAGACGUACUGCAACAGUGGCUCGACAGACACCUCGCCCGUCAUCGAAAGCGUGGCCCACGCGCUCACCUCCACGACCCCCUACACGCGCUACCACCCCAUGGAUUACUACUGGUGGCUGCGCAUGCAGAUCAUGACCCACAUGCCUGCUGCCAUUUCAGAUCGGCUCUAUGUCUACUGAGGCCUCGCACUCUUAGGCUGCCCAGGUGGGAAAUUUGUUUCAAAGAGAGCAUUGUACACACUUCCCAUUAGUCAUUUUUAAAUUUUUCUAACCUCAUUCCAGAGUACUGUAUUUUAGCUCUAAAGGGUUCAUUUAAACAUCUGAUAUAACCUCAAGGGCAGUAACAGUAAUAAAGGGCUGAAACAUUCA